ACGUCAGUAUGUGCGUCAAUAUCAAUCAACAUACUCCGCAUAAUAAUUUGCGAAAUUAAAUAUAAGGCAAAGCGUAACUAGAAAACCAAAGAAAAUGCCGCUUAUACGUUCGGCGAGCCUAAACUUAUUUAUUGAAAUCAGUGUCCGCAUAGCUUUACUUUCAGCUUUUUGCUACAUGGAAACCAUGUCACCCUACGUCCGCAUCAUCCAGCCAGCGGACCUCGAGUCUACACUAAAGUACCCGCGACAUGAGUCUUAUGUCCCAGGGCACAUGCUGUGGUCUAUCGUGUUGGCGGUGCCUUGUCUGCUCUCGAUCAUAGCGUGGGCUGUGUGCAAUGACUGUAAUGAUGCCUUAGAGUUCCUUUUGGCGUGGUCUCUAGCUUUGGGCAUGAAUGGAGUCACCACGAACAUGGUUAAACUAAUAGCAGGCAGGCCGCGUCCGGACUUUUUCUACCGGUGUUUUCCGGACGGUAUCGAGACCAUGGACUUGCAGUGCACCGGCGACCCGGACGAGAUCAUGGACGGACGGAAAUCGUUCCCGAGCGGACACAGCAGCUUAUCGUUUUGCUCGCUGGGCGCGGGCAGCCUGUGGCUAUGUGGGAGACUGCGCGUGCUGUCGCGGCGGCGCGGCGGCGCGCGGCUCGUGCUGUGCGCGGCGCCGCUCGCGCUCGCCGCCUGCGUGGCGCUGAGCCGCAGCUGCGACUACCACCAUCACUGGGAAGACAUCCUAGUCGGUUCAGUCCUCGGCUUCACAACAGCACUCGUCUGCUACCGCCAAUACUACAACCCGCUAUCCUCAGACCUCGCGGGGCUCCCAUACAUAGCCUCCAACACCGAACUAGCGCAGUACGUGAACGGAACAGACAGCCCCAGUAAAGAGCGAGACGAAAACACACCGCUGCUGAAGAAGGUAGACAAAUGGAUAUAGUUUAUGUUUUGACUUUGCCCGAGAGUCGUUUUAUAGGUUUUCGGCGAUUUUUGACUUUACCCUAUAAUAAAAAAAAGAAUUAAGACAGUUAUAUGUGACAUAUCGUAAAAGAUUAACGGCUGAAUAUGGUAACUAACAACAUCCCUUAAAUAUUAAAUAUAUUAAAUCGGGUCACAAAUCGAAGAUAGUGGCUCGACAGUAUAAUUCCUUAACUUUAAAGUUAAUUUAAUUAUAAUUAUGUGACGUUUGCAAGCAAAAAGUCUCACUUUGCCGCUUCCCAUAAGGACACUUUGAUAGGUUAUUCGUAUAAAGAUACAAGCAAAUCUCGUCCUUAUGGUAAGCGACAAAUUGCGACAUUUGACUAGACUUCAACACAUAU